GCCUGCGCGAUAGACAGAGGCUCAGCCCCACCGGCAAGAUGGCAGUGGCAGUGCGGCUUGUGCUGCUGGUAUGUGGAGCUACAGUCUUCCGGACCGCUGCGGUGUCUUCCUUUGCUAUAGAUUUGGAUGACUCGUUUAAAGAAAAUAGAGAAGAUGACACUUGGUUGGUAGAUUUCUAUGCACCUUGGUGCGGCCACUGCAAGAAAUUGGAACCAAUAUGGGAUGAGGUAGCUGCUGAAAUGCAUUCCAUAGGGUCUCCUGUGAAAGUUGGGAAGAUGGAUGCAACAAUUUAUGCAGGUAUUGCCUCUGAAUUUGGUGUCCGAGGUUAUCCAACUAUCAAAUUAUUAAAGGGAGAUCUUGCCUAUAAUUACAGAGGACCUCGUACGAAAGAAGAUAUAAUUGAAUUUGCUAACAGGGUGUCAGGGCCGCUGGUGCGAUCACUUACCACUCCUCAACUUUUUGACCAUUGGCAAAAGAGGCAUCCGGUUUUCUAUGUUUAUGUUGGAGGUGAAUCUCCACUGAAGGAGAAGUUCUUUGAAGUGGCCUCAGAAAUGAUUGUGUACACCUACUUCUUUUCUGCUUCAGAGGAUGCUUUGCCGCAGGAUAUCACUGUCCAGGAGCUUCCCGCUGUGUUGGUGUUCAAAGAUGGAACCUACUACACGUAUGAUGAAUAUGAAGAUGGAGACUUGUCUUCAUGGGUGAAUAAGGAAAGAUUCUUGGGAUAUCUUUACAUUGAUGCUUUCACUUUGUAUGAACUUGCAGAUACAGGAAAGCUUGUGGUGGUUGCUGUUAUCGAUGGCAAGAAUUCAUCUGACGAACAUGCUAGACUAAAGGACAUUACCCAUGGUGUUGCUACUGGUUACAGGGAACAGUUUCACAGGGAUUUCCAGUUUGGGUAUGUGGAUGGAGCUGAUUACAUCAACAGUGUCAUUAUGGAUGAGGUGGUUGUUCCCUCUAUGGUUGUUCUGAACACCUCAAACCAACAGUACUUUUUACCAGAAACACCAGUUGGGAGCACUGAGGACCUCAUCAAGUUUAUUAAUAAGAUCAUGGAAGGAUCAGCAGAAGCACAGGGAGGAGACAGUUUGUAUCAUCGUAUUAGAAGACUGUUAUAUGAUGGGAAGUCCACAAUAUUAUCAGUGUUUAAGGCCUCCCCCCUCCUCGGCUGCUUUCUCUUUGGUCUGCCUCUGGGAGUUAUUAGCAUCAUGUGUUACGGAAUCUGGACGGCAGAUGGGGAAUAUGAACCCGAAGAAGGAGAACUACUCCAGAGUGAAGCCAUUGAACAGGGAGAUGCAGAGCCCCACGACGGAGAAAAGGAGGAAAAUGGCAAUGAAGAUGAAAAGGAUGAUGCAACUACAGAAAGUUCAGAAGCACUCAAAGAUGAAGAACUGGAAGAGAAAAGCAUGGUAGAAAAGAAAACAGAUUAACAUAUAGUUUAUGAAUUCCCAUCAGGAUUUCAGAAUGAUUAAGUGUAUGUGACAUUUGAACAUCAGUGAAAAAUGUUGGAAAUUAAAAGCAAGUGGUGUACUUGCCUUCCAAGAUUGACCUGUACUUUUACAGAGACCAUCUGGGCCCAAAGAACUUUGAAUGAUCACAUAAAUUACAUUUUGUUCUUUAGAUAUAGGUAGUUUUGGUGGAAUCCCUGUUAUCUGUCAUUACAGGGAAGAUUUCUGGUUGUUAAUACAAAUUGGCGGAUAUCAAGGAUUCCCUGCAGCUUGGUCUUCUGACCACAGUAUCCAAGGUUCAGGUGCAAAGGCACAUGUGGUUAACAACCAAACAUUAACAGAUCUCACAGUCUAAUGAUGUUUCAGAUGAUGGCUUUGACCCACCAAGUAAUUAGGAGAUGGAUAAGAAUUCCCUCAGUAGCUUUGAGUUCACACUGAAUUUGUCACAAAAGUAAAAGAGAUCAUAUUAUGAGUGGAUUUACAUUGUUCACAGUCAUAUCAAUCUUCUUCUUCCACUUCCUUAAUUAAGAAUUGGAUAAUCUAAUGAAGAGUAUUUUACCUUGUCACAUCAGGCAGUUUUUAUAUUUAGAAGGUAACUGGUUUAAAAAUUGUGCAGAUGGCACUUUUAGGUCAAGUAAGAUCAAAACUUAUCUCAUUGCAGUUUCUCUUAAUUACAAAUAUUGCCACUUUAUCAUCUGAACACAAGACUCAAGCGUUUUUUUUAAAUGCAUGCAUGUUGGUUUAAAACGAAAUCAAGUCCCCUCAAGUGACCAUUUUUUAAUGAUUAAUCUUACACCGUAGCUGCAGUAUCUGUAAUGUCAUAGGAACAAUGUGAACAAAGAAUGGAAAAUAAACUGUGAUCAUUUUUUAACUUGGUGUUUGAUGAUUACUUAUAUAAAAUCCAAUUAUACCACUAUAGAUGUGCAAUGUCCACAAAUGAGCAGUUCAGAUAUAACAAACUGUUGCCAUAGGAUUUCCAGCAACUGCAGAAUCUCUUGUGUUUAUGAAUUGCUAUAGCACAUGCUGUUUUGGGUCCCUAUCAUACCUUUAAUGGGAAGUGCACUGCUAAUGUUGCAGUAGCUAGGAGUGGACUAGUGUAAGUUGUUGAUAUUUAAGAUUCACAUUAAGAUGGAUCUUUAGCCAAUCUUUCCAAACAAAAGCAGGUUUAAGGGUGCUUUAAAUCUAACCAUGUUGAUUAUCUGGGAUUUACUGUCUCUUAUAAAACCUCAAGACCAUAGACAGAAGUGCAGAUUUAGGCCACACAGCCCAUCAAGUCUGCUCUGCCAUUCCAUCAUGUCUGAUUUAUUUUCUCUCUCAACCCCAUUCUCCUGCUGUCUCCCCAUAACCUUUGAUUCCCUCGCUAAUCAAGGACCUUCCAACCACUUUUUUAAAAUAUACUUAAUGACCUGCCCUCCACAGACAACUUUAGCAAUGAAUAUGGGCAAUUAAGGAAUAAAAUUACUGUAGGAAGCCAUCAAGAGCCUCACAAAACUGCACCUGAGUAUCCAGCUUGUUUCUGCAGGAAUAUCUACGCAUCCUCCUGAGAUGUCUAAACUGUGGUGUUAUUUGUAGUCCAAACUGUGCCUUGUAAGAGAAGAACCUAAAGUCAGUGCAGUACAUAUUUUAUAAAAUGCCUCUGUAAACUAAGAAUUGCAGUGCAGACCAGUUUAGUAAUGUGCAGGGCUGUAAACUGCAUUUGCAUAGUGGUGAUAGAACCAGCUAAGCCAGUUGGCAGCUACAAAUAAAAAGCACUUCCUUCAGAAGAUAGUAGAAUGUGCUUCUUCUAUUAAAGAAAACCUCCAGUCUAAUUUACUCUCAUCUCUUUGCAUCUAACUUAUUUUAAUUUGCAGUAGCUCAAAUAAACCACAGGCUUCUGAUGUUUACAUUGCAUCUCCAGCUAAAUGCAAAACUUGUGAUUUUUAUCUGUUUGCAAUGGUUAAUUGUGCUACAUCCCAAACUUGGUGUAAAGCUACUAAUACAUUGGUUUUGAAUAAAUUGGUUUACUGAAAUGGGGACCAUUUUUUUUUAAAAAGCACCCGUCAUUCCCUCCCUUAAGUUAGCCAUCUCGUAACUGUUAUCUGCAGUAGCCGUUACUAGGAGCUUAGUGCCAGACGGCUGAACUCCAGUCAGCAUCGCUCUCGGAAUCUCAGGAACUCAGGAGCCUCACUACCAAGACAAGGUGACCAUCAUAAGAGAUAGGGGCAGAAUUAGGCCAUUCAGCCCGUUGAGUCUGUUCCGCCAUUCCAUCUCAACCCCAUUCUUCUGCCUUCUCACUGUAACCUUUGACGCCUUUACUAAUCAAGAACCUGUCAACCUCCUCUUUAAAUAUACCCAGUGACUUGGCCUCCCACAGCUGGCUCUGGUAAUGAAUUCCACUAAUUCACCACCCUCUAGCUGAAAAUUAUUAAAUUAAAGUUCUUAAACUAGAUGGAGAACUGGCCAGGAUCCUUAAUCCUGUUUGGUGACCAGUGACUUGUCAGCGCUAUAAAUGUGGAGUAAAACCAGAAUCAGGUUGGUAUAGGAUUUCCUCUCUAAUAGUCAGUUGCCUCUCCUGGUCUUAGGUGAGACAACAGAAUACUUCUUGUGAUAAUAAACAGAUCGGAGUCAAAGUUCAAAGUGAAUUUAUGUAGAUGUCACCAUGUACUACCCUGAGAUUCAUUUUCUUGCUGACAUUCACAGUAAAACAAAGAAAAUACAACAUAAUCAAUGAAAAACUGCACACAGAUUGACUAACAAUCUAUAUGCAAAGGAAGACAACUGUGCGAAAAAAACAAAUAAUAAUAAACAAAUAACUGAGAAAAUGAGUUGUUGUGUCCUUGAAAGUGAGUCCAUAGCUUCUGAAAUCAAUCCAGAGUUGAGGUGAGUGAAGUUAUCUAUGUUGGUUUGGGAGCCUGAUGGUUAAAUAGUGCUAUCUGUUCCUGAACCUAGUGGUGUGGGACCUAAGACUCCUGUACUUCCUCUCUUGUGGCAGUAGCAUCCAUCAUCAAACACCCCAUGCUCCAGGUCAGCAUCUAAAAAGAGGUUAGAUAAAAAAAAGAAACCUAUGGAAGUGGGAAAGAAGAGGAUAAAUUGUACCUUUUACAACAAACUUGAAAUGCAGAUCUAAUAUCAAUUUGCUAACUGCACUUAAAUAUAAAAAUCUUAGACAUUAGUCUUCAAAAAAAGGGAUUGUUGAUGGUGAAGAACUAAGGUACAUUGUGGCUUAUAUGCACAUAAGACAUACUGUACGAGCAGAAUUAGACCUUCUCCCCGUAACCUUUGAAGCCCUGACUAAUCAAGAACCUAUCAACCUCCACAUUAAGCAAACUCAAUGACUUGGCCUCCGCAGCCGCCUGUCGCAAUGAAUUCCACAGAUUCACCAGCCUCUGGUUAAAGAAAUUCCUCCUCAUUCACGCAACACACACAGAAAGCUGGAGGAACUCAGCAGGUCAGGCUGCAUCUAUGGAAAAAAAUAAACAGUCAGCAUUUUGGGUGUGACCCUUCUUCAGGACUGAAGAAGUUCUUGCAGCAUUCUGUAUGUGUUGCUUUGGGUUUACAGCAUCUGCGAACUUCCUUGACGAUUCCUCCUCAUCUCUGGUUUUCUAUUCUGAGGCUCUGAUCUCUGGUCCUAGACCUCCCCCUCUACAGAAAACAUCAUCUCCACGUUCACUCUAUCCAGGUCUUUCAAUAUUCAAUGGGAUAUUGUACAUACUUGUUCCUUGUGUUUCAUCGUUGCACCAAGCAUUGGAAUAUAAAACCCAGGUGUACUUUACAAAUUUUAAUGAAUUUGUUAGGACUCAGGCAAAAAAAUUAUCCAUUGAAAAAUUAUCCAGGGUUGUAUAUGGUGUUAUAUAUGUACUUUGAUAAUAAAAUAAACUUUGAACUUUAAGAGAGAAAGUUAUUCCAUCAAAUGAAUGUACCUCUGGAUUAGGUUUCAGUAGAAUCUGUUGAAUUAAGGUCUUCAUGUUACUCGUGGUUGUAUACCAGACUAAUACUGGAUAAAGACCAAAAAUUGGUUGACAAUCAUGUUUCUAUAAUCCCUAUUCAAGCACUUUCAACAAAUAGAUCUGUUCCAUAGCUUCCAUCCUUUUCUCUCUGGUAAAGAUAGUUAUCUUAUAUACCUGCUGCAAUGUGAAUUACAUUAAUCUAAGAAUAAAAGAUUGCAAUUAUCACUGCCCAUUACAUACUUGAGAAAAUUAAUAUUAAUUUAAAAUUUGUAAAAUUGUGAUGUUCAUUUUCAUGAGGCAAGAACAUUUGUAGUGAGACUGUUUAACUGCUGGUGGUUCUGGGAACAGACAGCCACUUCUUAAAUUUACGAAACACCUUUGCCUACUUCUUUGUUUGUUAAGUCUGAUUUUUUUUCACACUAAGUUUGUUAAUAGAAUGCCGAUAAGUAACCUAAAUAAUUUUUUCAUUAAAAAGUUACUGUUACAAGUUUACUGUCAAAUACCACUUACAGAUGUAA